GAGAGAAAGGCAGUCCCAGACAGUUCUGACCUCCUCAAAGACGCGCUCUGCUGUUCAGAAGUUGUGCUCGAAGCUGAGAAGCUAAGCUACUUGCCAAAAUGUGCAAAGGACUUGCAGCUUUGCCCCACUCAUGCCUGGAAAGGGCCAAGGAGAUUAAGGUCAAGUUGGGAAUUCUCCUCCAGAAGCCAGACUCGGCCGUUGACCUUGUCAUUCCAUAUAAUGAGAAGCCGGAGAAGCCAGCCAAGACCCAAAAGCCCUCUCCAGAUGAGGCCCUGCAAUGGCGUGACUCCCUGGACAAGCUCCUGCAGAACAACUAUGGACUUGCCAGUUUCAAAAGUUUCCUGAAGUCUGAAUUCAGCGAGGAAAACCUUGAGUUCUGGAUUGCCUGUGAGGAGUACAAGAAGAUCAAGUCCCCCGCCAGGAUGGCUGAGAAGGCAAAACACAUUUACGAGGAGUUCAUCCAGACAGAGGCUCCCAAAGAGGUGAAUAUUGACCACUUCACUAAGGACAUCACAAUGAAGAACCUGGUGGAGCCUUCCCUGAGCAGCUUUGACGUGGCCCAGAAGAGAAUCCACGCCCUGAUGGAAAAGGAUUCGCUGCCUCGCUUUGUGCGUUCUGAGUUUUAUCAGGAGUUAAUCAAGGAGUAAUUUAGUCGAGCUUGCAAACUACCCAGUGAGUUCUUCCCUCCAUCAGAACUCUGCACUCUCCAGUAACCUACACAACUUUCCGUAGCAGCUUUGCUCAAAGACACCCAAGGGGACACAUUCCAGGGAGUGUUGCUUACUCUUGCCCAUAUUGUCCUGGAUGUAUGUCCAAACAGAUAAACUUCCUUUUAUGGUUUCCUCUUCCCACCCCUUUUGAAAUUAAACUACUUAGUUUGUAGUCAGACCCAAUCAGAAUCACAGAGAAAUCUUUCCAA